AUGCGCAAUAACAAGGCAGACAACACCCAGCGGAAGAAAAAACUCGGCUUGGACAGAAAGAGACAGCGGCAGCGACGCGUCUGGAGGUUAACAAUUGAGGUUGCCAUUUUAGCAAUGAUCCUGCCGGCGGCCGUGUCUGCUUAUGCAAUUGUGCAAGAUGUGCGGCUCAUCAUCAUGCCGGCCUGCAAGUACAUGGGUUAA